UAGGCAAACACUAGGUUAUGUUAACCAGGGAGAACUGGCAGACCAAGUUUGAAUACUGGGGUACGCGGGUCUGAGACCACAGUGCCCUUUCUUCUAAGACCAGGCACCGUCUGAGCAGCAAGUGCCGUGACCAGCAGGCGGCGCCCCCACGUGUCUUCACAUACUAGACCUGGGGUAAUCUGGUGGAGACACCUCGACGUACCGUAGAUGUCCUCCUCCGUCUGGCACAUACAAUCUGAAGAGAAGUAAUAUUCAAGUAAUAAUCGAGUCAAAAUGGCUUCACUUAGGAAUGCCAUGAAAACCCAGCAUGUGCACAAGGAGCGACACCAACCUAUCGCCCGUCAGCAUCUAGGUGCCUUAGAGAAAAAAAAAGAUUACAAGAUAAGAGCUAAAGACCAGAAUGCAAAACGGAAAGCAUUAAAAACACUACGUAAGCGAGCUCUCAACAAGAAUCCUGAUGAAUUCCAUUAUCACAUGAUUAAUAGUGGACUGAAGGAUGGCAUACAUUUUGAAAAGGUUGAAAAUGAGGAGCUUGCUGUGGGUGACGUUAUGCAGGACUUAGUAUAUAUCACUCAUCGUCUGACUAUUGAGAAGAAGAAGAUUGAAAAGUUAAAAGCACAGUUACAUGUACUUGAUAUGGAAGAUGAUGAACCAAAAAAUACACACAUAAUUUUUGUAGAUGACGAAAAAGAAGCCAAAAAAGCAGACCCAGCUAAGUUAUUGGACACACAUCCAUCUCUGCUCAACAGAAGUUUCAAUCGGCUGCACUCAUCUCAGUUAUCAUCACUUGAUAAUAAUCUGCAUGAUCAAGCACUGUUAACGACAGUUUCAAAUUGCAAGAGAAAGGCAUACAAGGAGUUGGCUCAGAGGAUUGAGAGAGGAAACAAGUUACGGAUUAUGAAAGAGAAACUGGAAGUGCGGAAGAAACUGAUGGAGAAUAAAGCUAAAAAUGGAGAGAAGCCAAAACUAGUAAAACCUGGCACUAAUACGUCAGCACCUAUAUACCAGUGGCCUAAGCAACGGAAGACAUAGCCAUUGGCAGUAACCAUCUUAUCUAAUUUUCUUAGUGUUAUAAAACCUUAUAUGAGGUAUAAUUAAAUUAUCAAGUAAGUUUUAUGAAAGUUUUCAUAAUAAAAAAUGGCAAACCUU